AUGAUUUUGACACCACCUAGUCACCGUAAGCAUAGGGCCAAAACCACGGUGCCGGACCUUACAAUGCAGUCUAGCAAGUCGUCUGAGGACGGAAUGUGCAGCGAUGAGGGCACAAAAGUGUACCGCAGGAAGAAAUUUGCCUGUGUGGAAUGCAGGCAACAAAAAUCCAGGUGCGAUGCCUCUGAGAAGGCACCCGGUCCAUGCACCAAAUGUAAACAGAAGGGUGUUACCUGCGUUCUAAAGAAAGAUUUCAGAAGGACCUACAAGAGGGCGAGAAAUGAGGCCAUUGAGAAACGAUUCAAAGAGUUAACUGCUAGUUUAUCAAAUCUAUCCUCCGAGGAAAUCCUGCAAAAAAUCAAAGAGGAACAGGAGGCGUUAUUGGAUAAUCGCAAUUUCACGAGAAAGAAGGUUAAAAAAUUGAAAUUAGAGGCAGAACACCCGUCAUUGGACUCUCGCACUGCGAGCAAUACGACGCCUGUGUCAUAUACAUUCCCCACGGUACAGAAGAUGACCGAAGACCAACUAAAAUGUACACCGAAGAGCCUGGAUGACAUAUGCAUGUCGAGUGAGGAAAUAGCCGAUAUAUUUCAAGAGUUUGCAACGCACUAUCAUCAAUUUUUACCUGUGGUGAACUUGAAUAACGGCGCGGAGAAAAUAUACGCUCUUUCCCCCUGCCUAUUUUGGGUUAUUCUACUUAUUGGCCUUAGAAGGUGCACAAAAUACCACAAAGAUGACAUUAUGAACAGAUUGUCCAUGCUAGUGAAGAACAUUCUUGCAGAGAUUACAAUUUCCCCCAUCAUUAGGUAUACUCCGGACCCCCUCGAUGAACCUAUUUUGAACGUUGCCUCUGUAUAUUCGGUCCAGGCAUUUUUGCUAUAUACAUUUUGGCCGCCGUUAACAUCCUCCCUUAGUGCGGAUACGUCAUGGAACACAAUUGGGACAGCGAUGUUUCAAGCUGUGAGAGUGGGAUUGAAUUGUGCUGAUUUUUCUAAAGAAUAUGCCGACGCCAAUGCUGAGUUGAUCAUCGAACAACGGCGGACAUGGAUAUGUUGUAACAUUGUCUCUCAGAUAAUAGCCUCUUCGUUUGGGUUCCCCUCUUAUGUUUCCUUUGACCACUCAGUGAUGAGCUCAAUCAAAAAUUUUACUUCACAAGAUGGCGACCACCCGUUUAAAAGCUCCAUACCGGAUGAACUUAUUCAAAUGACACAGAUUGCUCAUUUUGAGAGCCAAAUUAUCAACACGAUGAAUUCGAACCCCUCGAAUAAGUUAGGUAUGGUGAGUCCCGAGGAAAGACAACCCCUUCUACGUGUUUUGAACCAACAGCUAUCACAACUGGAACUCAAUCUACAAACCCACAAUAUCGACGACACAAGAAAGUUUUUGUUACUUGUCUCCAAAGUCCAUCUUUUAACGUACUACUUCACCGAGGAAAACAAAAGUGAAUUGAGAAUUGAGAAGCCCCGGAACUCGAUGGACCUAAUGGAGAAGAACUUUGAGACCAAGACUGGACUCGUGAAGGUUUACAAUGCUACCGUAAAUCUGUUGAAUCACGCACAGAGGAUGUCAGAAAGUGACCCAACGAUUAUCAAGUACUUCCCAGGCUGCUUUGUUUUGAAUAUAUGGCAGUCCGCCUGUAUCAUAAGUAAAUUGGUACACUCUUCGCUUUCCACGGUGAUAGACGUUGGGAGGGGGAAGGAUGCAUACCAAUUUGCGAUACGGUUGACAUACCAAGCUUCUGUAUUGAAGCACGACAUGGCUUAUAGAUCUUCAGGAAUAAUGAGGAGUAUUUGGAGUCUCUUUGGCAACAUGUACGAUGUUUGGAAACAUACGAAUAAGGACAUGGGUGAGUUCAAUCUUUACAUCACUGUGAAGUCCAGAAUGGCUGUGAGUGUAUUCUUUGAUUGUUUAUACAUAUUGAAGGAAAAGUGCGGCAUGGCAAAGUUGGAGAGGGAAGGCGGGAAGUACCUGUUGCGUGAAGCUAAGAAUGAGGAAGAAGACGACGACUCUGAGGGCGAAUACGAUAACUUGGAUGUACAAGAUCAGAAAAGAGGCAAGAGGAACGCUUUUACGCAUAUCAAAGAUCCAGAGGAGAGAGCUCGACGAAUUAUGGAGACAAUCCCGCUAGACCCCAAUCCGAUAAAUGCUGGUGGAAAUUUGCGGUACGGUUCCAGCACACACUCGAAUAGUGCCAAGUCCAAUACCCCUCUACAGGGGUCUCCCUUAUCCAUAGAGACCAUCUCCAAUGCAAGAAUAUUGCAUAGCUUAGACUCUCACGAUAGUAUCUUCAAACACACCAAACGGAGACCUGUCAACGACACUGAGCAGCAACCGAAGAACCAGCUGUUUGAGAACCGAGUAUCGCAAUUACCGCAUCCAGCAACCACGGAGGAUACCAUUAACACGCCUGCGGACGAAGAGUUAUUGUCGCUAGAUGACCCAGCGGUAAACCCGAUUAUGGGUUCAGCUGCGGCAACGGCGUUUCCGAGUUUUUCUAACUCUGACUCACCGGGAAGCAACAGAAUGGUUUCCUGGGACAACUGGCAAUCGGAUGUGGUGUGGAAGGAUGUUGACAUCCUCAUGAACGAGUUUGCAUUUAACCCAACCGUUUAA